AGCGGGAAAGUCCACAAUGCACCACGAUUCUCCAUGGUCCUGUUCACCGCGUAAAACAAACACAAUUCUGUUGUCAAACUGAUUUCUAAUCGCCAAUCCUUGGAUUACAGCUUUGCCAUAACCGUGUGUUCAACAUCAGAUCAAUGGCAGCAUCAUACAGAAAAGGGGCUCUCUCGACAGGGCAGAGGAAGAAAACAGGUCCAAAGCCAGAAUUAACAGAAGAACAGAAACAAGAGAUUAGAGAAGCAUUUGAUUUGUUUGACACUGAUGGAUCUGGGACGAUUGAUGCAAAAGAGCUGAAGGUUGCCAUGAGAGCACUGGGUUUUGAACCAAAAAAAGAGGAAAUCAAGAAAAUGAUAUCUGACAUUGACAAAGAUGGAUCAGGAACUAUUGAUUUUAAUGAGUUUCUCCAAAUGAUGACAGCAAAAAUGAGUGAAAAAGAUUCUAAAGAAGAAAUUCUCAAAGCAUUCAAACUCUUUGAUGACGAUAACACGGGAAAAAUUUCAUUUAAAAACCUUAAAAGAGUUGCUAAAGAACUUGGUGAAAAUUUAACUGAUGAAGAAUUACAGGAAAUGAUUGAUGAGGCUGACAGAGAUGGUGAUGGGGAAAUUAAUGAAGCUGAAUUCCUUCGUAUUAUGAAAAAGACAAGCUUGUAUUAGACCUCAGUUCUGAUGGCAGCAGAUGUAAAAACAAUGUUUUAAAGUGUACAGAAUGUUGUCUUUCCAUUCAAAGAAGUUUAUCAUCAUCAUCAUAUGACGCCAGUGAUCUUAUACAUUAAUUAAUCAGCUAACCAUUGCUCAAAAAAUAAUGCAGAAUUUGUCAGUCUUAGUCACUUUAUUUAACAUUUACUAUUUUUGAUCAGCUCUUUGCAACAAAGUUUUCAUUGAUCACAAUUUUAAUUUAUUACAUUUAGAGGGAACUCUCAGUAGCUACUUAACACCAGUGAUAUGUACAGUUGUCCAAAAAAGAUGACCAACAUCAGUAACAGCAGUGACAUUUUAAUCCUUCUGGUCAAGUCUGAUCAUCUUGAGGGAAAAACCAAUUAAAAUAAACUUGUUGAAAAUCAAUUACAUCAGGAUUGAUCAAACUGGACCUUAGAAACUGUCUUUAACUCUUUAAAUCCCAAGAUCUGAUUGUUAAUUCUCCCCUCUAGCAGAUACACAUUUCCCGGUCAAAUAGUAACAAGAAUUUGGUGUUAGAUCAAGAUGACAACUUCUACCUGAUCAGUUUGAGUAUUCUCAUUACCUGUUUGAAGGAUAAUGUAUGGAUAUUAUAUGAGAACUUACAUGUUAAUCACCUCUGGGGGUUAAAGGGUUAAGUCUCGGAUACUUUGUUUCUAGAGUUUGGAAACUAGUCAAUAGCUUGCCUUGCUUCCUACAUCUCUGGCAAGAGCAAGUUUUUUUUGUUUUUUUGGAUAUAGCUUUUUCAGUGCCCCCCUAAAUUAGUCCAUUUGUAGUUGACCAGAUUAUAAGAUAUGCACGAUUUUUAUGCCCACUCUAAGAUGUAAAAAAUAUAUUUGGUUGAUUUGGUAUAUGAUCUUAAAAACAAUUGUGACCAGGAAUA